UAGCUGCUGCUGUUUGUCUGUGCCAGAAAUAAUUAAAUAAAAUAUUUAUAAAAAACGUUUAAAAUACAUUAAAUCAACAUAUAACCCGAAAAAAUCUGAAAUAUUAGGUGGCUUUUAAAUAUUGGGGAAGCAGUGGGUACAGUUAUAUCGUGGGAUUACCAAAUUCUGCUAUAUUAAUAUACAAUUUUGAAGGUUUACAUCGCCUAAAUUUAUAAACAAGAAAUUGUCAAAAUCUAGACACGGUAUAUGGGAAAUAUUUAAGUGACACCAACAAUUUCAAUUGAUUUACUGGACCUUAAGGGUAUGUACAGCGCCUAAAUCCAUUUUGUUGGUAUAUUUUGCCUAAGUGUGUGCUUUCCUUCUAUUGAGCAUUAAAAGUUCACGCCCAACAACAAAAAGAGCAGCAGCGGCGGCAGCGUUAAGCAUAAUAACUGGGUACUAGCGAAAACGAGUGAGUUUAUCAGAGCUCAGCCAGAGUGGUAAUAGCGGCAGCAUCAGCGGCUAUCGGUGUGCGAAGUGUAAUAAACGAAAGUAGAGUCAAAUCAGCAAGGCGACAGUGUGUGCCAGUCACCGGUCAACAGUCACCAACACCACCGCCAAAUACAACAACCAUUAGCUAGCAACAAAACAGUUGCUUUUUUACUUACUUACUUACUGCUCUUAUAUUAAAUCUUAGUUCUCCGCAAUUGCAAGUGCAAUUGUAUGCGCACAACAACAGCAACAAUAACAGCGAGAAAAACAGUCAUAUACAACCAGCUACAACUGGACAAUCAGUUCAUAAAGUAUAGCACUUGGAACUGAAUCUUCAAAAAGAAAAACACAAAUCAAAUAAAUUCUUCAAUUGUUGUGCAAGUGUUUGUGUCUAAAACGAGCGAGCAGAGUCAGCGUGUGUUGUUGUUAUUGGAGUUAUUGAAACAGCGGAACUCUCACUCACGUGCAUUUUUUUGUAUUGAAUUUGCUAUUCGCUUAAAUUGAAAUUGAAAGCCAACAGUUAUUUGCAAAUUUUCUUCGGUGUUCUUCUAUCAACGAGUUGUGUUACAAAGAAUAAACUGUUAUUAUAAACUUCACUGUUCUCUAAAUUUCUGAAACGUCAACAACGCAUAAACCAAAUACAACAACAACAACAUUCAAUUACAAUAAUCGGCAAUAAAGCCCCCGUGAUUGCAACCAGACGCCUAAUUAUUGCGCGAGCGGUGCUAAGAAGUGGUGAUAAAUUCAUAAAAAGGCGUAGGCAAAGUUAGCAAAGUCGUUGCAGAAGCGCGCAUACAACAAAAAACAGAGCAGUUAUUGAAACAAAACAACUACACUACUAAUAAAGCAAAUCAACUAAAGUACAGGAACAAACAACAACCACAAAACAAACAAUGGAACGUGAAUCCAAUCCAAUGCAACCUAUGUGCCGCUCCGGUUGCGGUUUCUACGGCAAUCCAGCCACCGAUGGUCUCUGCUCCGUGUGCUAUAAGGAUUCUUUGAGAAAAAAGCAACAACCACCUGUUAGCAGCACACCUGUAUCAGUUCCAAGCCCACAGCCAAGUCCCACAUUCAAUCCAGCCAUCACAAUAACCAAUACAGCACAGCCGACAGUGCAAAGUUUACAGCUGCAGCAUAAUGAAAUAAAAGAGAAAAUAAACGAAGAAAGCGCAGCUAAGACUAGCACCGAAGCUGCUGCCGUUGCCGGUCCAUCAACAUCCUCCCAAACAGCCGAAGAUGAUAAAGACAAGGAGGAAGACAAAGAUGCAAAAAAGAAAAAGAAUCGUUGCGCUGAAUGCCGCAAGAAAGUUGGUCUUACAGGUUUUCAGUGCCGAUGCGGUGGACUCUACUGCGCUGUACACAGAUACAGCGACAAACACGACUGCACAUUUAACUAUCGGGAACAUGGGGCCCAAGAAAUUCGACGCAAUAAUCCUGUGGUAGUUGGCGAAAAAAUACAAAAAAUUUGAACUUUUGUGCCAUCAACUUUAUAAUAUAAAUAUAUAUAUAUAUAAAUAUAAAUAUUAAAUAUAUACAUAAAAAUUAAAUAUAAAUAAUAAUGAUAAUAUAAUUAAUAACUAUAUAUAUAAUAAUAAUUAAUAUAAACAACAACACUACAAAUGAAAUGAAAACAAAAUGCCGAAAAGAAAACAUAAAAGAACUCAGCUAAGAAAGUAUAGUUUAUAGUGCAAAGAGCAGAGGGAAAAUUAAAAACACAAGCAAAGAGAAAAAGAGCUACACUUCCACACUCCAUAAAGAUACACAGGCACACGCAGAAACACACACACCCAUACAAAAACAAAAAUGUCGAAGAAAAGACUAGUACGACCAACACACGGGGCAAAGGCGAAACUUGCCUGCGAAAACGGCAGAUAGUUGCAACGCCCGCCACAACGGCAAUGCCAACGGCGCGCACGCCUAACGCCAAAUACGACGAAUGUAUGCUGGAACAUACUGACAAACUUGCAUUAAAAGCACGGCCAAAUGUAGUAAAUACUCUUGAAAGCAGGCGUCUAAUGUUUGGCCAGCAGCAGCGCGGGCGUGUGCCGCCACGGCAGUGUAUACACGCUCCAACCACUCGGCGCACGGUGAAACACCGCAAGCAGCUGAGGCGGCAGUGCAGUGUAGAAGCAGCGUAGCGUUUGCUUGGACCGAACACCUCCACCUCUAUUAAUAUGACUAUAUCUCGCAGCGCUUCGGAUUCAAGGCGAGCAGUGUAGCAGCAGCACAGCGCUCGAUCAACUCGACGCGCACUUCCAGCAGCCGCACACCUGAGCAGCAGCACUGAUGAUGAUGAAGGCGUUUACGCAGAUGUAACAAACAAACAACUUAUUUCCAAGCACUUUCCAGGCCAGCGUCAACUCUGCAAACACACAGCACAGCAACAACACAUGGCGCAUAUGUACAGACCAACAACCCAACCCCCCAUGCGACACACGAGCGAGAGCGUACACAUGUCUUCACCGAGAGCUCUAGGAAGCUGGUUGCUUUUUGGCUGCGUUUAGCGUUUAAGCUACUAUAUAUUUCAAAAUUCAUACAGUUAUCACAACAAAAAAAAAUUAAAAUUUACUUAGAGAACAAACAUCAACUCACAUAUACACACACUUGGCAAACCAAACAAUAAGAAAACUAUAGAACUUUAUUAAUACUAAUUUCAAUUACAGCAAAAAAAAUAAGUAAAUACAAACGAAGCAAAUAACAAAAACAAAAUAUUAAUUAUUAUUAAUACUAUUACUAUUACAUUAUAUUAUUAUUAAUAACAACAACACAAGCGAGACAGAAAAUGAGCUAAAAACAAGUAACAAGUAAAAAAUAAGAGAAAAAAAUUGCAAAAAAAAUGAAAAAAAUCACAAAAUAACAAAAAAAGUACUUUUACCUAGUUUACUAUUAAAAAUUGCGUGCAGGAGUAAACAACAUAUUUUAAUUAAAAACUAAAAACAAAAAACUUAGUGUAUAGUGCAGUAAAAGAAACGGUAAACGAAAGGAAAAUAAGUAAAUAUUAAAUAUAAAGUUAAAAAAAAAAACAAAAAAACAAAAAACUAUAAAUAAAUGAAAGAUCGAAGCUGAAGAUGUAAGCGUAAUCAUAAAUGAGAGUAAAUGCAAAUGGAUUAAUUUAAUUUAAUAAAAUAUACAUAUUACCUACAUAUAUAUAUAUAUAAUGAUAAUACAUAGAUGAGUGGGCGCAAGCGAUAAAAGUUAUAUUUUAACUGACUUAGCAAUAUAAGAUUAUCUACUAUCUCACCACGGUUCGUUCUAUACAAAAAAAAAAAAACAAAAAAUCUUAAAAAUUAAAACGUUUACUUCCUUUUGUUGAUUUUGCUCAUUGCUUUUCCAGUAUGAUUUUAUUUGAGUUUACUUUUUUUUAGUUAUAUUUCUUUUACUUUAAGCGUUAUUUAGUUUCUUCCCUCAAACUAUGAUAAUAAUAUUAAUAUUAAUUACCCCUCUUGCUUGUUUUAUGAUGUAAAUCGAUUGGAAAACGUAACAAAAAAGCAAACAAAAACUUAGCAAAAACACCGUAAAACUGCAAUUUUAUUGUUGAAGUAGAAGUCGAUUUUACAUUUUUUAGUUAAUCUUGAAGUAACUCGUAAUUAAUUAUUAAUAAAAAAUAUACAUUUUGAAAAAUUGCAAUUUGUUUAUCGAAUGUUGUGUCUGCCGCCGCGCCGCGCAACGCUCUGUUGCAGUGUGGCAGAGUUAGGCCUAGCAAAGCUAAAAACGCAAAUAUAACAAAAACAAAUAUAUGAGAUAAUCAAAAGCUUCAAAAAUGGUGCGCACUGACGGGGGAGUACGUGUUGCCGCAAAUUUCGUUUGUGUACAACCAAAUUUGUUAGCCGCUUAUUGCAUUAGACUUGCAACUGUAAGCCUGAAAAGUGGCCAACAACAAUGCGUAAAAGAAAUAAUAACAAAACAGUUGUGCAUUGUCUACUUUUCGGCGCUGCACAUUUUAUGUAAUUUUCUAGCAUUAUAUAAGUAUGUAUAUGCUUUUUGGAAUCGACUCUCUCCCCCUUCACCCUAGUUGCUUAGUUUGUUUUCACAUAAAUUUUUCUUCGCUUAAUUUUAGUUAAUGUAAAAUAUUUAGUGAAUUGCAGUUGACGACAUAUUGUAUAUGUAGUUUUAUAAGUUGAUUAGUUGUGGUGAAGUAAUAAAUACAUAAAUAUAUUAAAAAAAAUUAAAACCAAUUGUUUUUGUCGCCUUUAUUUCCCCUUUAUGUAUGUAUGCUGUAUGUCUUUUGGCUUAGCGAAAAAUAAUAGCAGUGUUGCUCUUAGGCUUAAACUAAAGACAACAACAACUUCGUACAUUGGUUAAGUGCAGUGCAACAAUAAGUAACAGUAAAUGCAAGCUGCUGCGUAAAAGUGAAACAAUGAACUCUAUUAAUUUAAUGUGUAUGAAGGCGAGAAAUAAAUGCGUAAAUUGAAAUGAAUAAAAUUUAAUUGAUAAACAACCUAACACCAAUCACUGUAAUUAUUUGAUGAUGAAUAAAUGAAUGAAAGAAUUAUAAUAAAAAUCUAAAA